UUGCGGAAGUAAACAAAGCUCGGCUGACGUGGAGGAGUCGAACCGGAUGAACCGGAUCUGAAUCAGUGGUACAGAACCGUGGGGUCGAUUCCACGUCUGUCACAUUUAACGUCGGUCCGGUUGUGUCGGUGUCUCCGGCUCCAGCGGAACUAGUCCCCGUGUGCUAAGCCUCCCUGAGCGGUUAAGAUGGCGGCGGCGGACGACGCCAGCCGGCCGUUCGCCGGCCUGUCAGACGUGUCCAUCUCGGGGGACAUCUCGGUGGAGGGGGACAUCUCCGUCCCCGUCGGCUCCUCCAGGAGGGACGACGAGUACUCGACGCUGGACGAGCCGGUGAAGGAGACCAUCCUGCGGGACCUGCGGGCGGUGGGCAACAAGUUCAUCCACGUCCUGUACCCGAAGCGGAGCUCGGCCCUGCUGCGGGACUGGGACCUGUGGGGCCCGCUGCUGCUCUGCGUCACCCUGGCGCUGCUGCUGCAGGGGGGGGCGGCCGACUCCGACGACCAGGGGGGGCCGCAGUUCGCUGAGGUCUUCGUCAUCAUCUGGUUCGGCUCCAUCAUCAUCACCCUGAACUCCAAGCUGCUGGGCGGCACCAUCUCCUUCUUCCAGAGCCUGUGUGUGCUGGGCUACUGCAUCAUGCCUCUGACCGUGGCCAUGGCCGUGUGCCGCAUCGUGCUGAUCGGCGGCUCGGGGACCGUCAGCUUCGCCGUGCGGCUGGUGGUGGUGACGGCGUCCUUCGGCUGGUCCACCUUCGCCUCCACGGCCUUCCUCGGCGACAGCCAGCCGGCCAACCGCAAGGCGCUGGUGGUGUACCCAGUGUUCCUCUUCUACUUCGUGAUCGGGUGGAUGAUCCUGACCUUCUCGCCCUCGCAGUAGAGGAGGAGGAGGAGCAGGAGCAGGAGGAGCGGGAGGAGGAGGAGGAGGAGGACUGGAUUAGAGUCAAAGACGAGGGAGGUUGUUUGGUGGAAGGACUCAGACGAACACUCGGAUCUGAACUGACGUGACAGACGUGUUCCUGAGCUUCAGCUUCUUGACUCAUGGGACAUUAGAGGAAUUCCUUCGGGAGCAGCGGGGGGGAGGGGUUUAUGCUGCAGACAGGGUUUGAAAAAGCUGAUGAAAAUGUUCAGAUUCUUCCAGUUUGUCUCCUGAAGCUGUGUAGAAUAAAAAAAGGUCCAUAAUCUUGUAUAUAGAAACGCUUUAUGAAUGUUAGACUUCCAGAGCAGCCUUCAUUUGUCUCCUCCCCUCGGUCGCUCUGGGGUUCUGACACUUUGAAGCAGCUCCACCAGGAAACAAGCUCUCGUCUCAUUUCGCUCUUUUGCAUUUUUGUUGAAGUUUUUUCUUAGGAAUGAUUUUUCUUUUUUGUGAGACGACAGAUGACGUCUCAAAUGUCUCGAUCUUCACGAUGUCUGUCUCUACGUCCCCUCGCAGACUGUUGGUGAGCGGACGUGAUCACAUGCUGAGGGAACCGCUGGCUGUGAUUGGUCGACUAACCUGCCCGUUGACCGUUAACCUUUGACCCCUGAAUCUGUCAUUCAUCUUACUAAAUUACUAACACUGUCUGGUCAUGUAGUUUAAUUUAUGGGUAUUAAUUUUCAUCAAAGACAAAUUAUUAAAAGAUAUUUGAUUUGCA